UGUUGACGUUUUCAAACAUAACCUCUUUUCAGGUUUACAAAUUAUUAUAAAUCUUAUAAUUUUAUAGAAUUAGAAAUAAAUGAUCCCUAAUAAAUUGGCCUAAAUUAGUGUAAAUUCUGCGGUUUUAUGAAACUCAAUAAUUCAUAGUGUGUUAAAAUUGAUUGCCUAUAUCUAGAGAUGGUUUAAAACUGGAUGUCCUUUACCUUUGGAUCGUUAAAGAAAAAGUGGGGGCACCUCGUCGGUGAUACAACUUUUGGGGGUCAUUCGAUAGCUAACUGCUUUUGAAAAAUGGCUAAUGCAAAACCAUCAAAUAAACCAAAAAAAGAAAUUUCUGGCAUAGCUAAAACGUAUUUAAUUGGAUAUAAUUUCAUAGAAACUAUAGGGUGGUCCUACAUUUUAUACCUCCUCGUUAAUUAUCAUUUAUCGUCUUCAAAAACCCAGUCUCUCUAUGACAUGGUAAAAUGGUCCCUAAUUAUUUUUCAAAACGCGGCCGUUUUAGAAGUGGUGCACACCCUAAUUCGCAUAGUACCAUCAAACCCCCUUAUUACUGCCAUGCAAGUUGCUUCAAGAGUGAUUGUAGUUUGUGGAGUAAUUUUAGCAACGAAAGCAGGUCGAGAGACAAUUGGUCUACAUUUAGCCCUUGCUGCAUGGUCCAUAACAGAAAUAAUCCGAUAUGGAAAUUACACUUUAAAUUUAACUGGGGGUGUACCACAUAUUGUGACGUGGCUGAGAUAUACAACAUUUAUUAUUCUCUAUCCAAUUGGAGUAACUGGCGAGCUUUUGUGCAUCUAUGCUGCACAGAAAGAAGUAGGAGAGAAGAAGAUUUUUACAAUUGAAAUGCCAAACGCACUGAAUUUCACGUUCGACUAUCAGAAAGUUCUUUGGGGUUUAAUGUUCCUUUACAUCCCAUUGUUUCCGAAAUUAUACAUGCAUAUGUGGACAUUGAGGAGAAAAGUUUUGGGUGGUGGUCAGCAAAAGAAAGAUAAAUGAGAUGAUCUUUUGAUUAUUUAUCAACUUUUUAUAAGACUUUUUAUUUAAAAAAUAUUUGGUGAAAGGUUGUGUUAUUUCACUUACAAAAGAAUUAAACUUUGUUAUCUAAA